UGCACAGUUACAGAGAGAAGUAAAAGGAAGAACAAGGACGCUCCUCUACUACAGAGAGCACAACUGGCACAUUUCUCUCCGUUUUUGGUCUUCAAACAGAGAUGGCACAAGGCAAAGAGGGGUACUUCUUGUUUCAGUUCACCCUUGCAUUGUCGCUGGUCCUUGCAUCGGCUCUGGUAACUCUUGACUCAGAACAAGAGCUGCAAGACAGUGGCUUUGGGCAACCCCCGCCCCGUCACGGCCUCAAGCUUCUGGUGUGGUAUGUCCAGAACUGCUUGGACAACAACAUGCGGGCUUUGUGUGAUCCUCAGAAAGGAGAAUAUGGAUUUCACGAGUUUAAGAAUUAUGGUAGACCCCCUCUGCUUCCAAAGAUUCGUGACAGAAGGCAGUACGGAUAUUUUACCAUUGGGAACCUCCACUCCCCUCAUGCUCAGGACCUGCCUUACGAUGUCAGAAAGGACUACAACCCCAGGAAUCCGGAAAGUAACAAGGACAGAGUUCUGGUGAAAUACAACAAGAACAAUAGACGCAUUGAGGAGAUAUAUGCAUCUGCACAUUAUGAUGCAAAAGAGACAUACAAAAUUGGACCAAACCUUCUUGCUACUCUUCGACAGAAAGAAAAAAGUUUUUUUCUUUCUGUCGAAAAGUCCGAUAUGAUGGGAUAUGAGACGUUCUACUGAUGUGGAAUCCAUCCUGUUGCAGCCAUAAUGCCUUUGACACCAAAAGAAUCCCAUUACAAAUAUAAGCUUCUUUGAAACUAUCUAGAGUAAAAUGUUUCCAGAAAAUGUGUUUCUCUCAAUUUAGGAAAUGUUUGUAACCUUUGAAUGCUACCUGCUUGUAGAACAUAUAGAAUGAUGUGUGAAAAAUCAAUAAAAUAUCUGAAACAUUAAA